UUGCCCCAAUCCCGUACCUUGUAAUGGUAGAAAAUUUCCUUUCUUCUUCACUUUGAAGGAAAGAGCAACUCCAGGUGUCAAUUAACUCAGCUCCAUGUUCUGCUGCCUUCACUAACAAAAGGAAGCAAGAAACAUGACCCUGGUUCCCGGAAUAAACCGAAAGUUAUGCACCGUCUGGGUUCCUGGCACCGCUACCACUUCCAUGUCUCCUGUAAACCUCUCGUAAACCCUUCUUCUCUAGCUUCACUCAACACCAACUAUGCCUUCAAUUCAUUUCAUGACUUAACAGAGAACCUUUGCAAUAGACUUCUUAAUUCCUGCAAUGGGUCGGCUUUACUCAAACAGAUACAUUCUUCUCUUACUGCUUCAGGCAUUAUCAAGCGUAACUCACAUUUGGGAGCCCAAAUUAUCAUCAAAUAUGCCAAAUUUGGAGACAACAACAGUGCUCGCUCAGUGUUCGAUACUAUCCUCGGCGAUAAAUCCAAUUCUUUUCUUUGGAAUACAAUGAUUCGGGCAUAUGCAAAUGGUGGCUGCCACGUUGAAGCAUUGGAGUUAUACUCUUUUAUGCGUAAAACUGAUAUUGCCCCUAAUAACUACACUUUCCCAUUUGUUCUCAAAGCAUGCGCUUCGAAAUCGUUGAUUAUUGAAGGGAAAGUUGUUCAUGGGGAUGCUAUAAGAACUGGGUUUGAUUUUGAUUUGUACGUUGAGGCUGCUUUAGUUGACAUGUAUGCAAAAUGUGGCCAAACUGAUGAGGGUUUUAAGAUAUUUGAUAAAAUGCUAAUGAGGGAUCUUGUUUGCUGGACUGCCAUGAUCACGGCCUAUGAACAGGCUGAACAGCCCCAUAAAGCUCUUCUGUUGUUCCAAAAAAUGCAACUUGACGGUGUUUUGGCUGAUGCAGUGGCCAUUGUGAGUGUUGCCUCUGCGGUUGGUCAGUUGGGGGAUACCAUGAAAGCUAAAAUAGUUCAUGCUUAUGCCAUUUGUAAUGGGUUUUUGGCGGAUGUCUCUGUUGAGAAUGCAAUUAUUGCCAUGUAUGCAAAAUGUGGGAAUGUAAGCAAGGCUCGCCUGGUUUUUGAUUUGAUGGAGGAAAGAGAUGGUAUCUCAUGGAAUUCUAUGCUUUCGUGUUAUACUCAAAAUGGUCAAGCUAGUGAAGCGUUGUUACUUUUUGAGGAGAUGCUGGAUUCUGGGUGUAAGCCUAAUCCAGUGACGGCAUUGAUCAUGGUAUCUGCCUGUGCUUAUUUGGGUUCUCAACAUCUAGGAAGGAAACUCCACAAUCUUGUGAUCAAUGAAAAAGUUAAAAUAGAUGCAACUCUUCGUAAUGCACUAAUGGAUAUGUAUGCUAAAUGUGGGGAUUUAGACACCGCUACAAGGAUAUUUAAUGAUAUUCAUCCGAGGGAACGGAAUGCCACCUCAUGGAAUGUGGUAAUUUCUGGGUAUGGCAUGCAUGGAUAUGGAAAAGAAGCAUUGAAUCUCUUCUCACAAAUGCUACAAGCAGGCGUUGAGCCAGACCAUAUUACUUUUACCUCUCUCCUUUCUGCCUGUGGUCAUGCAGGUCUUAUUGACGAGGGUAGGAAAUGUUUUGCAGAUAUGAAAAAGCACUCUGUGACACCCCAGGCGAAACACUAUGCUUGCAUGGUUGACAUGCUAGGCAGAGCUGGACUCCUGAAUGAAGCUUUUGAUAUGAUUCAACAGAUGCCAAUACCACAAAGUGAUGGUGUUUGGGGGGCUUUGCUUUUGGCUUGCAGAAUCCAUGGGGAUACUGAAUUAGGGGAAAUUGCAGCUAGAAGCUUAUUCCAACUUGAACCAGAGCAUGCUGGAUACUAUGUACUAAUGUCAAACAUAUAUGCAGCUUCUAACAGAUGGCAAGAAGUUGGGAAGUUGAGGCAAGAUAUGAAGGAUAGGGGAUUGAGAAAGCCUUCAGCAUUCAGUGUGAUUGAGUUUGGUAAAGAGGUUCAUGGCUUCCAUACAGCUGAUCGAGUGAACCCAUACUGGCAGGAAGUUUACAGGAAGGUAGAGAGCAUGGCAGUUGAGACGAAGAUGGUUGGCUACGUGCCGGACCUUUCAUGUGUCCUACAUGAUGUAGAAGAGGAAGACAAGGAGCACAUUUUAAGCUAUCACAGUGAAAAGCUCGCUGUGGCCUUUGGAAUCAUGAAGAUUGAUCCAGAAAUAGCAAUUCACAUCACAAAAAAUCUGCGGAUCUGCAGUGAUUGCCACUCAGCAUUCAAGUUUGUCUCCUAUGUUUACGGCCGGAAGAUUGUUGUUAGAGAUGCAAAUCGGUUCCAUCACUUUCAAGAUGGAACUUGCUCAUGCAAUGAUUAUUGGUAAGCCGCCAAAAUGCUGAACCCUGUACCGCGGCUUUCCAUAGGAUGUUUGGACGAGAAACUAUUUCAGGCUUUGAUUUUCAA